AUGGCAGCUACUACUGGUGCUACUACUCAAACAGAAGAGCACGUGUCCUUGAAGCUUCUUUUGAACGAAAAAGGUAACAAAGUGUUGUUUGCUGAAGCAGGAAAGGACUUUGUAGACAUUCUUUGCAGUUUCUUAACAAUGCCUUUAGGAACUAUUGCUCGACUUGUAGAGAAGGAAUCCAGCAUAGGACCAGUCACUCUUGGCUGUCUUAACUCACUCUAUCAAAGUGUGGCUGAUCUCGAUGGAAGUUGUUUCUAUAAUGAUGCAGUCAAACAAAUGCUGCUUAAGCCAAGUAACUUUGCAGAAGAUUAUUGCAACACUCUUAAACUCAACAUUGAUGACACUCCACCCACCAUGUAUUGGGCAUGUAGCUACAAUUCUACAUGCGGCCUCUAUAGUGGUUUGACUGUAUCAACAAAUAAUCGGUGUCGCUGUGGGUAUUCUCUCACUGGUCCAGUUUUUCCUAAACAUUACUGCCAAGGAUUUGUUAAUGGUGUUGCAACUUUUGUUAUAACUGAUGAUCUGAUUGUCAUGCCUAGUUGUAUUGACUAUUCAAGCUUUGGGCUGCUCUUAGAAUUUGGAAUAAAAAACACAAGUUUGUUAAAGGAAAGGGUUCUGAAUGUUACUAAACAAAAGGUACUUGAUUUGCUAAAAUGUUCAUUGCUAUCCAAUGCUACUUUGACCAAUCUGUUUUUAGGGAAGAAACCAUCCAUUGAAGUUUCCAGGUUUUUGUCACCUGAUGUAGAAUUGAAUGGCAGUCUCCAAAUCAUUUUGAAACUUGUUAUAAGAAAAUCUGAUGGCAAAGUUUUGUGUGCUCAAGGGGAGCAAGAUUUUGCUAACUUGCUCUUGAGCUUUCUUACUCUUCCUUUGGGAGGAGCCACACGUAUAUUUGGCAAGAAUUGUUCUAUGGGAAGUAUUAAUGAGUUGUACAAGAGCAUGACUGAAUUAAAUGAAAACAAAUACUUCAUUUCAAAAGAUCCUAAGAAUAGGCUUGUCGAUCCCUGGCCUUGCAUUUCCCCACAUUUAAAAUUAUGCAAAGAAAUAUUACCAAUUCUUCAGCCAGGUCUAACUGAUUAUUAUUACGAGAAUGGUUAUGGUGUUCAAUAUUUUAAAGCUGGUGAAGAUACUAGUUUUUUUGGAACUUUGAAGAAACUGAAUGUAUCUAAUCUGAGAAAUAUUGAUAGUUAUAUGAAGGGUCCUGCUUUGUAUGUUGUUACUGAUGAUUUGGUUGUAGCACCUUUGUCUCCAAUUUCAGCAUUAGGCUUACUUAACCAAUUCAAAACCCCGCUAAAUGAUUUGAAGGAAAAGGUUAUCACCAUUGGUGUCAAGGAGUCUAUUAGCAUAUUGAAAGCCGGUUUAACUUCGACAUCUGCUCUUACAAACGGUUUGGCUCACCUUUUAAAUGAAGUUAAGGAGGAGAAAUGA